AGCCGUCGGGGGGGCGUGGCUUGGGGGUCCCCUCCCCCACACCGGGGCGCAAGGUUUACAAGGGGGUAGCUGGCGGCGGGCGAGGCCACCUCCAGAGGUCUCAGAUCAGGCAGUACUCUCAGAAGUGGCACGAUGGAGCGCUCUCGGGGAGAAGACUCUAGCCCCAGCCCCCGCCCCAGCCCCACGGACCAGCCCUCUGCUCCCUCCGACCCCUCUGACCAGCCCCCUGCUGCUCACGCAAAGCUGGACCCUGAUUCCGGGCUCCCACCUGCUGGCCCAGGCGCUGGGAGUGAGGCGCUGGCGGUGCUGACUUCGUUCGCGCGGCGCUUGUUGGUGCUGGUGCCCGUGUACCUGGCCGGGGCAGCGGGACUCAGCGUGGGUUUCGUGGUUUUCGGCCUCGCCCUCUAUCUGGGCUGGCGCCGGGUCCGAGACGAAAAAGAACGGAGUCUCCGGGCGGCGAGGCAGCUGCUGGACGACGAGGAGCGGCUCACAGCCAAAACGCUGUACCUGAGCCAGCGAGAACUACCUGCCUGGGUCAGCUUCCCAGAUGUGGAAAAAGCUGAAUGGCUGAACAAGAUUGUAGCCCAGGUCUGGCCCUUUUUGGGCCAGUAUAUGGAGAAGCUUCUGGCUGAAACAGUGGCACCAGCUGUCCGGGGAUCUAACCCCCAUCUGCAAACAUUUACAUUCACACGCGUGGAACUGGGAGAAAAGCCAUUGCGCAUCAUAGGAGUCAAGGUCCACCCUAGCCAAAGAAAAGAUCAGAUCCUGUUGGACUUGAACAUCAGCUAUGUAGGUGAUGUGCAGAUUGAUGUGGAAAUAAAGAAAUACUUCUGCAAAGCAGGAGUCAAGGGCAUGCAGCUACAUGGCAUCUUGCGGGUGAUUCUUGAACCACUCAUGGGAGACCUUCCUAUCGUGGGGGCUGUGUCUAUGUUCUUCAUCCGACGCCCGACUCUAGACAUCAACUGGACAGGGAUGACCAACCUGCUGGAUAUCCCAGGACUUAGCUCUCUCUCUGACACCAUGAUCAUGGAUUCCAUUGCUGCCUUCCUCGUGUUGCCCAAUCGACUGUUGGUGCCUCUCGUGCCUGACCUUCACGAUGUGGCCCAGUUGCGCUCACCUCUGCCCCGGGGCAUUAUUCGGAUUCACCUGCUGGCUGCUCGUGGGCUGAGUUCCAAGGACAAAUACGUGAAAGGCCUGAUUGAGGGCAAGUCGGACCCCUAUGCACUUGUGCGUGUGGGCACCCAGACAUUCUGCAGUCGUGUCAUCAACGAGGAGCUCAACCCUCAGUGGGGAGAGACUUAUGAGGUGAUAGUACAUGAGGUACCCGGGCAGGAGAUCGAGGUGGAAGUGUUUGACAAGGACCCAGAUAAAGACGACUUUCUGGGCAGAAUGAAGCUGGAUGUAGGGAAGGUGCUACAGUCUGGAGUACUGGAUGAUUGGUUCCCUCUACAAGGUGGCCAAGGCCAAGUUCACUUACGGCUAGAAUGGCUGUCACUUUUGCCAGAUGCAGAGAAACUGGAGCAGGUUCUACAGUGGAACCGGGGCGUCUCCUCGAAACCAGAGCCUCCUUCAGCUGCCAUCCUAGUUGUCUACCUGGACCGAGCCCAGGAUCUUCCUUUGAAGAAGGGGAACAAGGAGCCCAACCCCAUGAUACAGCUGUCAAUUCAGGAUGUGACCCAGGAGAGCAAGGCAGUCUACAGCACCAACAGCCCAGUGUGGGAGGAAGCUUUCCGCUUCUUUCUGCAAGAUCCUCGAAGCCAGGAGCUUGAUGUGCAGGUGAAGGACGAUUCCAGGGCGUUGACUUUAGGGGCGCUGACCCUUCCUCUGGCUCGCCUGCUCACUGCCUCAGAACUCACUCUCGACCAGUGGUUCCAGCUCAGUGGCUCUGGCCCGAACUCCAGGCUCUACAUGAAACUGGUCAUGCGGGUCCUGUACUUGGAUUCCUCACAAGUCUGCUUCCCCACGGUGCCUGGCACCGCUGGGGCUUGGGAGCUGGACAGCGAGAGCUCCCCGAUGGGCAGCAGUGUGGAUGCUCCACCUCGGCCCUCUCGCACCACUCCUGACAGCCACUUUGGGACUGAGAACGUGCUUCGGAUUCAUGUAUUAGAGGCCCAGGACCUGAUUGCCAAAGACCGUUUCUUGGGGGGACUGGUGAAGGGCAAGUCAGACCCCUAUGUCAAACUAAAGCUGGCGGGACGAAGCUUCCGGAGCCAUGUUAUUCGGGAAGAUCUCAACCCUCGCUGGAAUGAGGUUUUUGAGGUGAUCGUCACAUCGAUUCCAGGCCAAGAGCUAGAGGUUGAAGUCUUUGACAAGGACUUGGACAAGGAUGACUUUCUGGGCAGAUGUAAAGUGAGUCUCACCGCAGUCCUAAGCAGUGGCUUCCUGGAUGAGUGGCUGGUCCUGGAGGAUGUCCCAUCUGGCCGCCUGCACUUGCGCCUGGAGCGUCUGACCCCCCGGCCCACUGCUGCUGAUUUAGAGGAGGUGCUGCAGGUGAACAGUCUGAUCCAGACACAGAAGAGCGCAGAACUGGCGGCAGCCUUGCUGUCUGUCUACCUAGAACGGGCUGAGGGCCUGCCGCUCCGAAAAGGCACCAAGCCUCCCAGCUCUUAUGCUACUCUUACUGUAGGGGAGACAACUCAUAAAACUAAGACAGUUUCCCAGUCAUCGGCCCCCGUCUGGGAUGAGAGUAUGUCCUUUCUCAUCAGGAGGCCACCUUCCGAGAACCUGGAGCUUCAGGUGCGGGGUGAGGGAACAGGCGCCCUGGGCUCAUUGUCGCUGCCCAUUUCGGAACUCCUGGAGGCAGAGGGGCUCUUCCUCGACCGCUGGUUCACGCUCGCCAAUGGUCAGGGCCAGGUGCUGCUGAGAGCACAGCUGGGGAUCCUGGUGUCUCAGCACUCAGGCGUGGAAGCCCACAGCCACAGCGCCUCCUCCUUGGCCGAGGAGCCCGAGCUCUGGGGCGGACAUUCUCACACUGCUGCCUCCUCCUCGGCCCCAGAGCUCCGCCAACGCCUCAUCCAUGGUGACAGCCCUGUCGAGGCUCCCGCGGGGCCUCUGGGCCAGGUGAAGCUGACCAUAUGGUACUACGGUGAAGAGCGAAAGCUGGUCAGCAUUGUCCACGGCUGCCGGGCCCUUCGGCAAAAUGGACGGGAUCCCCCUGACCCCUAUGUGUCAUUGUUGCUACUGCCAGACAAGAACCGAGGCACCAAGAGGAAGACCUCUCAGAAGAAGAGGACCCUGAAUCCUGAAUUUAAUGAACGGUUUGAGUGGGAACUGCCCAUGGACGAGGCGCUCAGGCGAAAGCUGGAUGUCUCGGUGAAGUCCAGUUCCUCCUUCAUGUCUAGAGAGCGUGAGCUGCUGGGGAAGGUGCAGCUGGAUCUGGCCGAGACAGAUCUGUCCCAGGGCUUGGCCCAGUGGUAUGACCUGACAGAUGACAAGGACAAGGGUAGCUCCUAGGAGCUGGCAGUGACCAGCUGGACUCCGCCCUGUUUCUGCCUUGCCUGUCGCCACAUCACUGCCUCAAUGUGAUGAACCCAAAGCCAGGGCCUCAGGCUGAGCCCUUUGGCCCUUUGCCCUCAGGCCUGAACUAGGGCCUUUGCCUGACCAAAGAGAAGUACCCCACGUUCUCCUUUACUGCAUGGCCUUCAUCCUUGGGCCCUGGGGCCGGGCCUGGGCUGGCUAUUUCCUGCUCUGCCUGCACGCUGUUCUCCUUAUUCUACUCCUCAGGGCCUUCAUACCCGUGCCUGACCACUGGCAGCACCAGCAGUGGCAUUAGCUUGCGCCAAAUAGAUUCCGGAAGGACCUUUCUUUCUCUGGAUGGGCCCCUUCCCUGCCACGGGCACUGGGGGUGGAUGUGUGGGGAAAGAAGAUAGCUAAGCUCCUCAGCUGUGGGCCUCUUGUACUACUGCAUGUAACAAACGCACAGCGAAGCAGGCCGCAUCCAGUCCUGUCCCCAUCUUCAUCCAGCCUAUCCUGGAAACACCAUUAGGAUGACAGGCCAGUCUCCUGGUUCCAGUGGUGAAUCAGGAAAACUUGUUCUACCUAAACCUUCAAGCAGUGGGUGCCAGUCUUGAAGCCCCAAGCUGGUGAAGUGAGAUGGCCUUAAAGGACUCAGGACGGCAAAGCCAAUUUUUUUUGUCCAAGUGCCUGGGUUAUAAACUCACAGACCAGAACUAAAUCUGAUGUUCUUACUUUUGCACCAACUCUGUCAAUCCACUGUAUCUUACAUUAAACAUUUUACUCAAACCAGCUGUGGUAUUCUCCUUAAGCAAUGGGAAUCUAAAGCUGGGCGUAGUGGUGCACAUCAUCAUGAGGGAGGCUGAGGCAGGAGGAUCGCUGCA